AUGCGCGUUGAUAUAGAGCAACGUCAAUUUGCUGAUUAUUUACCAAAAUUAGGCAACGGCGAACUGACUUUACAUGCUAUGGAAGAAAUUGAAUUGCCACAGAAUAUCAUUUCAAGCAACAAUCUUAUUGAUGAAGUAUUUGGUAACUGCUUAGCCAAUGAAAAUUAUGAAGGGAUGAAAGAUAGAGCAAUACUCGCGCCUCUUAACAAUGAUGUUGAAAAAAUUAAUGAUGAUAUAGUUGCUAAACUUCCCGGAGAGUACAAAACUUACUAUAGCCAUGACUCAAUGAAAGAUCAACCUGAAGGAGGAGUCGAAUAUACAAAAGAAUUUCUCAAUAGUGUCAACAUUUCAGACUUGCCACCACAAGAGCUAAAAUUGAAAAAAAAUGCGUUAAUAAUGUUGUUACGUAAUUUAGACGUGUCAGAAGGACUAUGCAAUGGUGUGAGACUCGUGGUCACAAGUCUGUGCAAUCACAUAAUAAAGGCAAAAGUUGUUACUGGUGAACAAUUCGGCAAAGAAGUACAUAUACCAAGGAUAACCUUAGACUCAUCAAAAGGACAACUGGGAUGCACCAUGCAGCGUCACCAAUUUCCCAUGCAUGGCAUGUUACAUGUGGCAUUUUCUAGAGUUAAGCGACCAACUACUAUUUUAAGUGAGGAGGGGACUGCACCGCACCGGCGCGUGCUAGGCACUGGGAAUGAAAUUUUCAUCCCCAGUGCCAAAGACCGCACGGGUGCGGGUUAUGAGUUAACUACGUUUUUAUAA